GAUUCAGAGCUCAGAGUGAGAGGCUGAUUCUUUUCUGCAAGCCCUUUUUGCUUAACCUCGUCCUGUUUUUCUGGUUCUUGGUUGUACUUUGAUUUUGUAUGUUUCUUUUUUCAGGAGGUGAUAAUUAUCUCCCAGUGACCUGCAGCCAUGAGGAUCCUGCCUCUGCCUCUGCUUCUCUGUGGCUUGAUGCUUCUGAGCAGCGUUAAUGAGAUCAAUGGACAUAGAACUUACUGCCCUCAUGGUUGGCGUCUGAUCCAUGGACGCUGUUUCAAGUAUGUCCCGAGACGUAUGACUUGGGCCAAAGCUGAGAGAAAUUGCAUUUCCAUGGGAGGAAACCUUGCAUCUGUGCAGAGUUCUGAUGAAUACCAUGGGAUUCAGGGGCUCAUUUUGCAGGUCACACAUGAGAUGAGAGAAGCGUGGAUCGGCGGCACUGAUGCAGCUGAGGAAAAUCAUUGGCAUUGGUCUGAUGGGACGCUGAUGACGUUUACAUACUGGUGUCCCGGAGAACCCAACAAUGCUGCUUAUCACCAGCACUGCAUGCAAAUGAAUGACGCAGGUAAAACUGUUCUUUCUUUUAAGCACGAUAAAGAGAAAAGUGCUGGGACGAUUACAGAUGUGUGA